AUGGCAGUGAAGGGAAAGUUGAAACUUUGUGGGCAGGAACCUGGAGGUCGAAGUGAAAGGAAUGUGGCCAAAGAGAAACAUCCUCUUCCCCCAGGAUCAGUCGUGGAGGCCAGGACAUCAAAUCAUGUCACCUGGGCCGCAGUUACCAGCUGGGAGCAAGAAGAAAACAAAGGAGCUACAAGCUGGCCGGAGUUUUACAUUGAUCAGUUAAACUCUAUGGCAGUUAGAAAAUCGUUGAUCGCUUUGGAGAAAGAAGAUGAGGAAGAAAGGAAUAAAACUAUUGAGAGUUUAAAGACUGCACUGAGAACACAACCAAUGAGGUUUGUUACCAGAUUCAUUGACUUGGAUGGUUUAACAUGCAUUCUGAACUUUCUGAAAAGUAUGGACUACGAAACAUCAGAAUCUCGAAUACAUACCUCUCUAAUAGGCUGUAUUAAAGCACUAAUGAACAACUCUCAGGGCAGGGCCCAUGUUUUGGCUCAUGUAGAGAGUAUUAAUGUAAUAGCUCAAAGUCUUACAACAGAAAAUAUAAAGACUAAAGUAGCAGUCCUGGAAAUUUUGGGUGCUGUGUGUUUGGUGCCAGGUGGUCACAAGAAGGUAUUGGAGGCAAUGCUGCACUACCAGAAAUAUGCCAGUGAAAGAACGCGUUUUCAGACUUUAGUCAAUGACUUGGACAGAAAUACAGGAAGGUACAAGGAUGAAGUGAAUCUCAAAACUGCUGUUAUGUCUUUCAUUAAUGCUGUUCUAAGUCAAGGGUCAGGAGAGGAAAGUCUCGAUUUCAGAGUUCAUCUCCGAUAUGAAUUUUUAAUGUUGGGUAUUCAACCUGUUAUUGACAAAUUACGUGAACAUGAAAAUGCAACUUUAGAUAGGCAUUUGGAUUUCUUUGAGAUGCUUAGAAACGAGGAUGAAAUUGAACUAGCAAAAAGAUUUGAGAUGGUCCAUAUUGACACAAAGAGUGCCACCCAAGUAUUUGAACUGGUUAAGAAAAAAAUCAGUUAUACAGAUGCAUACCCGCACUUUAUGUCAAUUCUCCAUCAUUGUCUCCAAAUGCCAUAUAAACGAAGUGGAAACACUGUACAAUAUUGGUUACUGCUCGAUCGAAUAUUGCAGCAGAUAGUUUUACAGAAUGAUAAAGGACAUGACCCAGAUGUUACUCCUCUGGAAAAUUUCAAUGUGAAGAAUGUUGUUAGAAUGUUGGUUAAUGAAAAUGAAGUCAAACAAUGGAAGGAACAGGCUGAAAAAAUGCGAAAAGAGCAUAAUGAGUUACAGCAAAAACUGGAGAAAAAAGAGCGGGAAUGUGAAGCUAAGACACAAGAAAAGGAGGAGAUGAUGCAAACACUGAAUAAAAUGAAAGAGAAACUGGAGAGAGAAUCUCAGGAGCACAAAGCUGCUAAGAAACAAGCGGCUGAUCUGAUGGCCCAGGUCCAAGAUCUAAGCAAUAGAGCAAGAUAUUCUGGAGUUCCUGGCGGGCCCCUUUUGACACAUGGAGCCCCUGGUGGUCCAAUACCACUACCUGCACUUCCUUCAGUAGGUGAUCAUCCUGUACCACCAGCAGCACCACCACUGCCAUUGGGUGGAUUGCUGCCAAAGCCACCACCCCUACCCCCAGGUGGACCCCCUCCCGCUCCAAGUUUGCCGUUAUCAGGUGGUGUGCCACCACCACCUGGAGCACCUUUGGGUCUAGGACUCAAGAAGAAAAAUAUUCCCCAACCAGGAAAUCCUUUAAAAUCCUUCAACUGGUCCAAGUUACCAGAGAACAAACUUGAGGAAACAAUCUGGAUGGACAUUAAUGAUUUGAAUGUUUUCAAAGUACUUGACUUGGAAGACAUAGAAAAGACUUUUUCAGCUUACCAAAGGCAACAGGACUUCUUUCUGAGCAAUCAUUCCAAACAGAAAGAGACAGAUGCCAAUGAAGAUGCAUUUAAUUCCACGAAGAAAGUCAAAGAACUAUCAGUAAUUGAUGGGCGAAGAGCCCAGAAUUGCAACAUUCUUCUGUCCAGGUUAAAGCUGUCCAAUGAGGAGAUCAAACGUGCUAUUUUGACGAUGGAUGAGCAAGAGGAUCUACCUAAGGACAUGCUUGAACAGCUGCUGAAAUUUGUCCCCGAGAAAAGUGAUGUUGAUCUGCUAGAGGAGCACAAGCAUGAAAUUGAGCGCAUGGCAAAAGCAGAUAGGUUCUUGUAUGAAAUGAGCAGAAUUCCUCACUACCAGCAAAGAUUGCAGUCCCUCUAUUUCAAGAAGAAAUUUGCUGAAAGAGUGGCUGAAAUUAAACCCAAAGUUGAAGCUCUUCUUUCGAGUUCCAAGGAAGUUCUAGAAAGCAAAAAUCUGUUGCAGCUACUGGAGGUGGUUUUAGCUUUUGGCAAUUACAUGAACAAGGGACAAAGAGGCAAUGCUUAUGGUUUCAAACUCUCUAGUCUCAACAAAAUCGCAGACACAAAGUCUAGUAUUGAGAAGAACAUUACCCUUUUGCACUAUUUGAUUACAAUUUUGGAGAAGAAAUACCCGAAAGUGGUGACCAUACAUGGUGACUUGCAUAACAUUCCUGAUGCAGCCAAAGUAAAUUUGAUUGAGCUGGAAAAAGAAUUCAGUAGUCUCAGAAAUGGCCUGAAGGCUGUGGAGAAUGAUGUUGCAGUGACUGGUAGGCCACAAUUCAUUAGCAUUCCCAGCUCCCCAGAGAGGAAGCUGAGUGACGUUAGGCCAUUUCAGCGAGAAAUUAAAAAGUGA